AAAACCCUAUUUCCCUCUUUCACCUCCUCCACAUCUUCAUUUUCAGCUGAAUCAUCUCUUCUUGGUGUUGAAUUUUUUGAUCCGUAUAGACAACCGUAACAACCCUCAUGUUUCACACCCACCAUAUAUAGAUUCAAUGAAGUAAACUACUUUUACAAAUUCAUAUAUUAAGUAUAUAUUUAUAACUAUAUAAAAGUUUGUAAGAAAUUAAGGUCAUAAAGUGGAUCCAAACAGGUAUGGGAAGAGGCCCCUUUCAUCUGAUGAUUCAUCAGAGAAAAAAGAAGAAGAAGAAGAAGAAGAAGAAGAACACACUAACAUCUUUCCUGUCUACUCAGCUAGAUCCCAACAAGACAUGUCGGCCAUGGUUUCAGCACUCACUCGAGUUAUUGGAAACACUAACGUGCCUGCACCAGGAAGCUCACUAGCCAUAUGCAUACCCCAGCCCGGUGCAACUGUGCAUCCUGAUCAGGAUCAACCCAAUAUUCAAGAUCAAGGGAACCAAAGGAGAAGACACUAUAGAGGGGUAAGGCAAAGGCCAUGGGGCAAGUGGGCUGCCGAAAUACGAGACCCUAAAAAAGCAGCAAGAGUUUGGCUAGGCACUUACGAAACAGCUGAGGCUGCAGCACUUGCAUAUGAUGAAGCAGCUCUUAGAUUCAAAGGAAACAAAGCUAAGCUCAACUUCCCUGAAAGAGUUCAAGGGAGAACUGAGUUGGGAUACCUAACAACUCGUCAAGACUCGCGUGUCAUGGCUCAACAAGUACUGUCUGCUGACUCGGUUGCUCCUCCUCCUCCUCCUCCUCAUCCAGUCUUUCCGCAUCAAAAUACAUAUCCUAAUUUCCCUCAUCAUGCAAAAGUUAGUGGGGAUCAUAAUUUGAAUCAUGCCAUAUCAUCCGGUAUCUACCAUAGAGGAUCAUAUCUUUCGCAGUCUAUGUCUUCAUCUUCGUCUUCAACAUCUUCAUCUGCAUCAACAUAUAAUUGGCCAAAACAAGGAGGAGAGAUUAGAAGACUUCCAUCAGAUUCUAGAAGUUCUUCAAGUUGUGAUCCUACCAAGAAUUGGGAAGAUUUUGAACCCAAGAUCACUCCAAAUGGUAGUUGAUCCAAGUUCACAUGAGAUCGAUAGAGAAGUACUAGUAAACGAUGAAUUAACUUGGGGGAUACAUCAUCUUAUAUCUAUUGUGAUUUUCUUUUUUAUGCUCAGAAACCUUUUUUCUCAAGGGUUUUCAAGAAAUGUUGGUUUGAUCAUUUUUGUGUUGUAUCGCGCAGGAAGUUUUUAACAAUCAAAAGAAGCUUUUGUGAUGAAGUAUAUUUCAUUUCAACAUAUAUAAUCAAAAUUUCAUGAAAGUCACGUAUCUAUCACUCGGGAUGGAGGAGCAUCAAAGAACCUUGAAGCAUCACCAAAUUGGAUUGUGAGUUUAUUUUGUAAGGUUUCAUGAUAUGCCCCUAACGAGGGUUCGAAUUAAUGUUGGUGCAAGCUACUCCAUUGUGACUUGAAGAUUAGAGGGUUGAAAUAGGAAACAACCUAUCAUGCACUGAUAGGAGCUAGCCUCAUACACUAGACUAGCCCUUAUAUGCAAUACAACAUUAAAACUUAGUUCUAUUUCCUUAUUAGAUCACUUGAUCUGCAGGCGCAUGACUUGGAAUUGGGGCCAAAAAAGAAAGACAAGAGCACAAUCAAGCUCAACAACCCAACGAGGGAAUUAAUUCUUAAAUAUGUCUCUAUAUCAGCCUCAU